GCGCGCGGCUGCGGGAAGAGCGCGGGCUGCGGGAUGGAGCCCCCGGAGAGCGCGGCGGAGCUCGAAGCCGACGCGGUGGAGCUGAGCGAGCCGGAGCUGCGACUCGCGGACCCCGCGUCCCCCGGCUUGGAGCAUGCGGACGUCGAGGCGGCGGACGCCCCCGGCCGCGGCAGGUGUUGGCCGCACGGAGCCUGGGUGUGCGGCUCGUCCCGGGAGCCCGAAGGCAAGAAGAAAGCACCCUGCCCUGGACUUGGCUUGUUUUACACAGUGUUGUCCGCCUUCCUUUUCUCAGUGGCCUCUAUAUUUGUUAAAAAAGUGCAAGACGUCCAUGCUGUAGAGAUCAGUGCAUUUCGAUGUGUGUUCCAAUUGCUAGUUAUUGUUCCUUGCUUAAUAUACAGAAAAACUGGGUUCAUAGGACCCAAAGGUCAGCGGCUUUUCCUUCUUCUCAGAGGGAUCUUUGGUUCCAGUGCCAUGAUCCUUAUGUACUAUGCUUUCCAGACGACGUCCCUCGCAGACGCCACAGUUAUUGCGUUUAGUUGUCCAAUGUUUACGUCAAUAUUUGCUUGGAUAUUUCUCAAGGAAAAGUAUAGCCUUUGGGAUGCUUUCUUCACGUUGUUCGCAUUCGCCGGAGUGAUCCUUAUCGUCAGACCACCAUUUUUAUUUGGUUCCGACACUUCAGGGAUGAGCAAAAACUAUUCAGAUCACAUUAAGGGAACAUUUGCCGCAAUUGGACAUGCCGUGCUAUCUGCAAUGACUCUGGUUAUCUUAAGAAAAAUGGGGAAAUCCGUGGACUACUUCCUGAGCAUUUGGUAUUAUGUCAUACUUGGCCUUCUUGAGUGCAUCAUCAUCCUCUUUGCCAUAGGAGGGUGGAGUCUCCCUUACUGUGGGCUGGACAGGCUGUUUCUCAUACUUAUUGGACUCCUAGGCUUGGGGGGUCAGAUAUUUAUCACUAAAGCAGUGCAAGUAGAAAAAGCAGGACCCGUAGCAAUAAUGAAGACAAUGGAUGUAGUCUUUGCUUUUAUCUUCCAGAUUGCUUUCUUUAAUAAUAUACCAACCUGGUGGACAGUGGGUGGGGCUCUCUGUGUAGUAGCCAGUACUACCGGAUCAACCAUUCGUAGAUGGAUCCAAAGUUCCAAAUGAAAUGUCACUGUUGAAAUCUAUAUUUUUUUAAAUAUGCCAUCACCCAGCUCAAACAUCUUACAUACCUGAAAAAUCUGCAUUACUCAUUGAUUAUAUUUAAUAAAUAAAGUACCAUUUUUUAAAAUAAGGUAUUUUUUAAAUUAAGAGUAGCUAGUCUAACCUAGCAAUUUUUUGAUAGCUUUUAUUUUUGCUUUGGUUUCUUGGGGUUGGGGUGUCAUUGAGAAGAUAGCUUAUUGAGGAAUUUUAGAAAUUUUUAUGAAUACAAUUUUAAAACUUUAUUUUUGACACAGAUAAGCUAUGGAUGGGAAAUACUCUAUUUUAGCAGUGUAGAUAAGAAGCUUACUGUUGACAAUGCUGCUAUAAUUAGUUCUGUGUUGAGCCUUUGUUUGCAGUGUAAUUCCAUUUAGGAUGCCAAAGCUGAAACCUGGUACAGGUGCCUACUUACUGACAGGACUAUAAGUAAACCAGCCUUAUUUUUAAGGACCUUUUGUUUGUGCCUUUUGUUUUGAUGCCAGGAUUUUUAUAUCUACUCUCUGAACGGAGCCUUUCGCUCGCCACACGUGGUUAGCAGUUCUCUCUUUUGGUAUAUUAGUAACUCUGGCUGCCAUUUUGAAUUUUUUAUUGUCUCCUGUGUUAUUGAAAUUGCACUAUUUCUUAAAACAUUCCAAGAUUUCCAAUCUUAAAAUCCCGAGAGAGAAAUCUUGGUGUGACCAGUGUGCACAUUCUUAUCCUGAGGUGUUUACAUGUGAGGUGUGGUGAUUCUCUACAUGCAAUCUUUGAAUUCAUAGUAUGAUGCCAAAUACAGUUUUCUCAGGAUUGUACUGGGUUGGGCCAUAUCAAAUUGCCCAGAUUGUAUACCAUUUUCAUGUAUGAAAACCAUAGUUCUAGAAGGUACAUCUGAAAAGCCCCUUUAAAGCACAGGUCUGUUAUUAUUAAACUUACUCCUGUAGUCUUCUUCCAUUUUGGAAUGAUAUUUUAUAAUGCUUGUGAUAUACAAAAAAGAUAAAUACCUAUUAAUCUACAGUUGAUUGACUUUCACAGUUUCUUGCAUAUCUAAAAAUAAUCACAGGUAAUUAGAUUGACAAGCUGUACCAUGACACUAGUGUGAACUCAAGACAGUAGAUUCUAAAUAUGGAGCAUUAGCAGAUUGGUACUCUCCUGUGAAAGAGGAAAGCUUGGGAGAUCGGUCAGGGUGUUGGGAAUACAUGGCCACGAAUCUUUGUCACUUUGGAUGCCUUUAUGGUAAGCCAUCGUGGCGGCCACGUCUCGCUCUACCAGACACCCUCUGUUAUUAUCUUUAGCUGCAGAGUUGAGGGGCUGUGUGUUCUUUGCUGGUCUCCUCCCCACAGCUCUUCCAAAGGCAGGAGCUAAGUUCCUGGGGCUUACAUUCUGUUAAGAGGAUCUUCUCCAGUCGUUCCAAAGAGGAACUUUAACUUUGAUGGUUUUAAAUACUUUCCAUCUGACAUCCUAGAUGAUAUUUAUUUAGCUGAGUCAUCUCAAUCACACUUGACCUGACUCAUACUCUUGGAACGCAGAUUUGCAGCCGUGCCAUACCAGAAGCUCAGAAAACAUAGCCGGCAGCCUUUUAGAGCUAGAGCUACCUUAGAGACCAUCCCACGGGAGCCAUGCUCCGUACACAAGGAUGACAGGAUGGAUGGAGACCUGCGGUAGCUGGGUUUCCAUGGCCACCUCUUCUCACUUAGUUCCACGUAUGGAAGGUCAGACAUUCCUGGAGCCAUUGACUAACUUACACAGUAGAAGAAAGAGUUGCUGGGAUUGUGGAAGAUAAACCCAUUUGAAAACAUGCUUUAUUUCAACUGAAUCUUAAGUACUUGAAUGUCACAGUAUGUGGCUGACAUUGGAGACAAUGUUUCUUAUCCCAACCUUUACAGGGUAUGAUUUUUAAACAAUGUUCAAGUGGUAUACAAAGUUAUUGUAACAGUUAU